UCUCUUCACAUUCAGCAGCUCUCAGCCUGCGAGGAAGAGGAGGAGGAGGAGGAGAGGAUGAGGCAGGAGAACAGAGUAGAGUAAAAUAGAGCAGAGCGGAGUGCAUGCGAGUGGAAUCGGCGGCUUUAUCGGCUCUUCUCUGGGAUAAUUCUGAACUUCUCGGGUUUGUUCCUCUUUUUCUGCAUGUCGGGAAGUUGUUGACGAGCUGAUGUAGGCGGGUGGAUGAAGAUGCUUUCCUCUCGCUCCACAGAGAUGUGAAGAAACGUCACGGUGAAGCUCUUUGAUUCUUCUGUUUGUGGCGCGUAAAUCGAGAAAAUCCCUGCUGCCAUGUGCGCUUCCAUCGGAGCGUCUGAAAGAUGGAGGCGACCUAAAGUGAUAAAUUACCCAGCAGACACGAUGAGCUCCUCGAUCGAGGCGUAAUCACUCAUCAAAUGUUCAUUCAGAGUUUUUCUUUAUUCCUUUAAUAAUUGUCUCCAGGCCAGUGCUGCGUCUUAACUUGUGUGGGAACCUGUAGGGUUAUUUAGGGAACAGGUAUUCUCUUCUUCUCUGGAUAUUUAAAGUUUCCGUCUUUCAGAGCUCCAUCAGGAUUUGUGAUCUAUUUCCAAACCCUCAGCUGAAGAGUGCGGGGACUUCAUCACCGUUCUUUGGAUUAGUCGUCAGAAAGGAAGCCUCAACAUGUAAACAUAUACUCAUAAAUCAACUAUUUAAACUGUUUAAGAGGAAUAUCUGUUUCCUAACAUCGGAGUGCACACAGGUUUUGUGCGGUGAAUCGCACGAACGUGAAACGACUUCCGGGUUCUUCACUUUUGUGGAUUUUCAGGAUCCUUCUGGUGUUUUUCUUUUGAAGCCUGUACGUGUGACCGUUGUGCAUCAGCUGUUCCACACAGUGGAUCUCUAACGUUUUGGUUCUUAAUCAACGAUCUGCCAUAAGGGAGAAGAUUUUUCAUCUUGGCUCGGUCCCUCCGAGGCCCGUCAGGCGACAUGUCACCUGUUUCGGACUGAAGGGUCGUCAGCCUCAGACUCGGACAGCAGGAGCAGAUAUUUUGUUCCUCUGUGGCUUCGUCCUCCUCUCAGAGAUAUGGCGGCGGCUAUCGCCAGCUCCCUGAUCAGACAGAAGCGCCAGGCCCGCGAGUCCAACAGCGACAAAGUCGCCACUAACAAGCGACGCUCAAGUCCCAGUAAAGACCCGAGGUCUCUGUGUGAGCGACACAUCUUCAGCGUCUUUAGCAAAGUUCGCUUCUGCAGCGGAAAGAAAAGACCAGUACGCCGGAAACCAGAGCCGCAGCUGAAGGGCAUCGUGACGCGCCUCUUCAGCGAGCAGGGCUUCUUCCUGCAGAUGCAGCCCGAAGGAGCCAUCAGCGGCACCAAGGACGAGAACAGCGACUACACUCUGUUUAACCUGAUCCCAGUAGGUUUGAGGGUCGUGGCCAUCCAGGGAGUGAAGGCCGCGCUGUACGUGGCCAUGAACGCCGAGGGAUUCCUCUACACAUCUGAUGUGUUCACACCAGAGUGCAAGUUCAAGGAGUCGGUCUUUGAAAACUACUACGUCAUCUACUCGUCCACCAUGUAUCGGCAGCACGAGUCGGGCCGGGCUUGGUUCCUGGGCCUCAAUAAGGAAGGAAUCAUCAUGAAGGGAAACCGAGUGAAGAAAACCAAACCGUGCUCACACUUUGUCCCCAGACCCAUCGAAGUCUGCAUGUAUAAGGAGCCGUCGCUGCACGAGCUCGAGGAGAAGCUGCUGAAGUCCUCGAGGAGCCCGACGAUGAACAGCGAGGAGCGGGCGAGGAGCCUGGAGAGGGAGCAGCGGGCAGCGGAGUCCUCCACAGAACGAGAGGCGUCGUAGCCUGCAGCGCCACCCGCAGGAGGAAGACGAGGCGAAGGUGGAGGAGGAGGAGGAGAACUCCCAUUUUAACACUCCCUCUGUUCAGCAACAACAACAACUACAACCACACCGACGACGACGACAACAACCGCCAUAACAACGACGGCGAAAACAAAGAAAAAAAGAAGCUUAAAAAAAGGGGAGGGGGGGCGGUGGGGUCUUCGUGCUCGUUAUGAAAUAUUUUAAAUCAAAUGGGGGAGGGCGAGGGGGAGGGGCCUGUUUGGAAAUGGAAAAAAAAUCAAGACGUUGAUGAUGAUGAUUUACAUUUUAUGCAAAGAGCCCUGCUGAAAUGGCGCCGAGAGGCUAGCCCACCUACUCUUCAUCGCCACAUUGUAAUCAUCAUCAUCAUUUCUGUCACAACGACGACAAAAUGUUUUUGCGAGUCGAGCGAGCGCUGAGAACUCCGAAGCUUUAAGCCAUGUAGAAACUUCACUUCCUUUCAUUUCUUAAUGAAUGCAAAGACUUUCGCACUUUUGACACGCCGCGCUUCUUCUUCUGCGUGAUGUUCUGUCCGGUUGGAAGGAAGACCUUUUCUGUUUCGUCUUCUUCAGCUGCCACAUCUUUACGUGCGUUACGUUGUGUUUUCGGGGUGGGAGCCUUUGUGGGUUUUUGUUGCAGACACUGGCGACUGAAGGAAAGAAGACGGCUCUGUGCCGAUCGGACCGCUUCCUGUGACGGAGGUCAGUCGGGCGACCGGGUGACUGUACGCCUGAGAGGAUCAGAACAGCGUGCCGGUUUGUGUGGUCGCUGCAGGUGGUGUCCACGUGAACUCCACAUUCCUGCUUUUUAAAAUCACUCAGCAGUUUGUAGAUCGAGUUCCUGCUUUCGCUUCACGUUGACGAAAACCGACGAAACUUCUUUAAACGCAUCCAAACGUGAAGGAUCGAGUUCUAAAAGGUUUGUGCGAGGCUCAGAGAAAGGCUUUGACCUUUCAGCCCUGAGUGUUGUCUGCAGGCUUCGUCUCAGGCUGUGUUAACGGCUGUUACAUCCGCAGAGGAGUUUAUAUUUGUCACUAUGCAUCUGAGACAUCAGAUAUGAUACACCCCAGAAGAGCUGGGGUGGAGGUGGGUUGCCAAGAGGCUUGUAAAAGCACCUGCAGCUGUUUAUAGGUCAAAUACAAGCCCAGUUUACGGUUGGAACAGACUGUAGUAUAGAUGGUGUACUCCCAAAUAUUUUCCAUGAACAAAUAGUUGACGAUGGGGGGAUUUUGAAUAUCCUAAAACAUAAUCAAUUAAUCAUUUCAGGGGAAACGUAGGGCAGAAACAACCCUGGGUGCUUCUUGGUAUAAACUAUACAGUCAGUGUGCUGUCAGAUUAUAGCGAGCACACCCACUGUAGUAGUAACCGAUCUGUAGUAACCAUGAACUGUGCAAACAUGCCAGAAAUGUGCAGCUUAGCAUAGUGCUAAUUCUUUUCCAUUGCACAGAAAGUAAUAAAUGAAGGACGGCAGGAGCCCAAAAUCAAGCAGCAACUUUCAGCGGUGAGCCAGUCCCCAUAGACUGGUAUGUUAAAAUGAACAGCUUUACAGUAGAAAUAUACAGCCUGGUAAAAAACACUGUUAGAGAUAAUUUCCUCCGCCUAAGAAGUCUGAGCUCCAGUUUUGGCGACUGAAAUUCUGGAAUUUUAUUUGUAUUUUACAGCGAGUGACGUCCUGGUAGCUACAGCUAUCCUUUAUAACCAGUCUGCUCUCCAAAACACGGCUGGUGUGAGUUACUGUUAGAGGCCUGCAGCCUGUGAGACACAACCCGGGGCAGGAAAGGUCAAAGAGCCGUGAGCACAGGUGGAGGUGUAACUCUGACUGUGGGGAGUUUCAGACACGAGGUUGGUCUGAAAGCUGCUGGUUUUAAAAAGAGAUCAGCAGGACUGUGAAGUCCACCAAUAAUGUCAUAAAAAACUGAUCGCAGCUCAGUCUCUCUGUGCUGCGUUCAGGCUCUGAUCACAUGACAAGAUUUUGGGUUUUGCGGCGUUACAAGAAAUAUUGCAUGAUGUACUUUCUGUGCGACGCCCCCGCAGACAUGGGGAGGUUUAAAUGAUUUAUUGAGACACUAACAGCCGAGUUGUGUAACUCUGAUCCGGUCUGAACAGGACUGAAGCUGAACGACGAGCCGACCGCGACCUGCCCUGUGCAGGCGUGUUGGAGCUCUGCGUGAUCAGGAUUUAACGGGUUAAAACGCCACAGCAUGCGCUCACUUUGUCUGUUAUUAACACGACUGUGUGUUUGGUUUUGAUGAGGACGGGCACACUGAGCUCUGAUUGGUCCAUUUGUUUAUGUUGAAUUGACACGAUGUGUGCAGCGGUUCAAGAAAAGAAAAUUUGAAUUUUAAAUUUAACUUCAAGGAAAAGAUGAAGUGGUCGGUUAUUGAUUAGUGAAUCAAAAGAUUCCAGAACAGGUUUUUAUGUCGUGGAUGUGAAUGUGUUUGGAUAAAACGCCCGACGCUCCCACUUUCACUCCCUCCACCGUGAUGCAUUCAGGUGUCGGCCGAUGGGGGGCUUUGGAGCGUUUCUGACACUGCCCCGCUUUGUUUAGACAAAGAGCACUGCCCUGAAAACUGUUUCACUCCAACCUCGUCUGAACUUCACACAGCUGAAAGGAAAAGAUUUCCUGUCAUCUUUCAAAAUAAAAGUCAAGAGUUUAAGGAAGAGCAGACGUGCAGCUCCCUGGGUGGAUGCUCAGGAUUGAAAGCUCCCUUUAUUGCGUCCACCCCGAGUACGUUUCUUCCUUGCACUGCUCUGUGACGGCGAGAUCUUUUCCUUUCCAGAGAGUAAAGUUUAGACGUUCAGCCUGAGUCGCUGCACUGCCCUCUCCAACCUCUAAGACUUUCCUUCUUCUCUCACUCAGACCCUUUACUUCUCUCCGAUGUUACCAGCCGAGUUUCCCAAAAAGAAAACCGGGAAAAAAAUGAAACAAGUCUCCAUCAAACGCGUCCUUCCUCCUGCACACGUUCUAUCACUGCCUUCACCGUUCUCAGCGGGAGAAAAUCACCAGGACUGCAGCAUGUAUGGAAAGUCGUUAGUGCCAUUCGUGCUGCGAUCCUGUCUCUGCAGCUCAUACUGUGGUUCCACAAGUUCAGCCUCUGUCGUCACGCUGGCUCAGAACAAUCCUGAGAAACUUCUGUCAUCAUAAAAUCAUUUGUAAAGAUAUUUUUGAGUCAUAAAGAUCAGAGAUGGAAAACCUCUGCUCAGGCUGAAAUGUCCCUCCACUGUACUGUCCCUGGUUCCACAUCUAGAUUGGACCAAGUCCCCAAAACAGUCCCGGCUGUUCUUCUGAUCCUGAUUCUGUUGCUGAUUAACAGGAAGCUCUCAGAACCUGAAUAAGCAGCUGCUCAUUUUAGAACUAGGCUGGGCCAGUUUGUACCAUAAGGAGCAGCAAGUCAGUGUAGCCGUAUUUAAGUAAGUUACUAAAAACACCUUAUGUGCCAAGUAAGAGAGUAACGUCUGUUGGCGAAAAGAGCGUAGGGAUAAAAACAGAGCAAAGGUUUAAAGAACAGUUAAAACAACAACUGCUGAUGACGUUCUGCACGUUUGUUACAUAAAAGUCCCUUAACCCAGGGGUGUCCAGCUGUAGUCCUCCAGAGCUGCUGUCCGCAGCUUUUAGAUGCAUCCCUACUCCAACACAGCUGAAUCAAAAGGUUCGAUUCCCUCUUCAGCAGACAUCAAGUUUGGCAAAGGCCUAAUAACGAACCAUUCAUUUGAUUCAGGUGUGUCAGAACAAGGAUGCGUCUAAAAGCUGCAGGUAGCUCUGGAGGACUGGAGUUGGACACCAAACGAGGAGCUCGGCCUGCAGAUGAACGAGAGUUUGAACUUUGAUGUGUUUGUUUUUGGGAAACUCGUCACCUCCCGUCGGCCGACACCAAGCUGCAGAGAUGACACUUAAAAACACUCUGAUCGGUGGAAGUGGAGGGUAAAAGGAGGCGGGGUCAAGCGGGGCGUGGUUGGUGAGGUUGUAAAUGGAUAAAUGGACUGAAGGGUGGAAAUGAAUGGACCAGUCACAGUCUGCUGCGCUGCCUCUGAGAAUGUCUUCCAGUUUGGGGUUCUGGGUCGGACCGCGAGGACUGGAACACGAGCGGCUCGGCACGAACGCUCUCCUCUUAAUGUUUCUGUAAGCGUCAACACAACCAAACCACUCGACAGAAAUGUUGUACCGGGUGUCUUUUCUACCACAUCCUCUGCUUCAGGCUCAGCAGGAGACCCAGAACCAGUUUCAAUCUAACUGCCUUCAAGUUACGAGAUAAGUUCGCCUCAAAAAUCAUGUGAGAGCCCUUUUGUACGGAGGAAGCAAAGUGCCAGUCACAUAACCAAAACAUAUGUCAUAAAUCUCAGUUUAUUAUCUAAAUAAAUCUAAAAUCUAGAUAGAAAUUAAAUGUUGAUGUAGUGGCCAUCUUACUUUCUUCUUAUAGUUCUCUCUUUGUCUUAUAUUUAAAAUAACCACACUACGGACGGACGUGCGACUGUUUUACGCGUCGGUUUGUUAGCAAAAAACCGUCCACUUGAUUAUUUUUCACAUAAAUCUUUCACAAUAAAGCUCAAGAUCCUGUUGAGACUUUUCAAAAUAAACUAAAAUGAUGAAAAUAUACAUUAUUUCAGAAUAUGCAUCAAAAAAAUGAUCUCAAAUGCAAACAUGAAGUAACUACAAAUGGCGCUCACAUUUGAGCUCGUAUAGCACGCUAGCACACGACAGCAAUGAAACAAAAGCAGAAAAAAAAGGAAAUAAAUUCAACAUAGAGGGAAAAAAAAUCAGCAACAACUUAGUAAUAAAUGUAAUAACUUUCAUAGAUAAAAUAAUUUCUACUGUUGUUAACCAUAUAAUUUAACUUUUAUAUGUUAAAGUAAAUAAAAAUGUUGUUUUGAUUUAUUUACAUGUGACGCCAGAUGACAUUUGUCACCUUUCACAAACUCACACGAACGCCUGCGAAGAAAAGAUUUUAGUUGCGUAUCAAAUAUUUGAGAAUGUCUUAAAGUGUAAGAAAAACCAGAUGUGUGCGUUCGUUCGCUGCUUUAAACGUCCACAGUGUUUCUUUCGUCUCCGUGCUGCCUGUUGUCAUUUUACUGAGACAUUCUCAAAUACUUUAACUCGAGUCUUCUCAAGUUAGCAAAAAAUAAGUGCAGGGUUUCAAAUCCUUUAUUUCACAAGCACAAAAUCAGAGCGGGAACAUUGAACCAUCGUUGAUAAGGCUCGCAUCGAUGGUAAUCUGCGUCACCUGAAGGCAGCAUGAGUUUGUAAACCGGUUCAUGAGAAGCAGAAAGUGUAGAAAAGACAAAAGUCUGUGUUUUAAAGCGUUCAGGGUUCGACUCUGAGCUCUCUAGAAAUUAAACGAUGGCAGUUUUAAAGUUUCCUGCUUAUAAAAACUGAGACGCUCAGUUUUUUUACUCAAAAACAGUGAGAUGUUGAACCUGUAGGGGGCACUGUCGUAUCACAAAAUGAUGAUGUCAUUACGAAGCGACGCAGGCCCAGGAGGAGGGUGAACGUCACCGAGUUGCAACGUGUUUGUCGAACCUAAAAUCUCUUGCUCUUUCUUUGUGUUUGCUGAUGUUUGCACCUUUUCGGACGCACCUCCAUAUAAAAACGCAUCAUAUAUUAGAAGAAAAUCAUCGCAAAUACGCAGCAGGAUGAAAAAAGAGUACUGAAAAAUAAAAAAACAUAUAAGAGCA